UCAAGGAGUAAACAUGGCAGCCACCGGUGUAUUGAGGUCUGUCUGGACCUCUUUUGCAGGUUUAAAACUUGGUGUCACUGGCAGCAACGUGAGUGCUCUGCAGAGGAUAAACGUCCCCCAGUUGUCAGCUUUUGCCAUUCAGAGCAGAGGAAUCCGCCAAGUUGUGGAGAAUCAAAAGGGGAAAACAACGACUAUUGAAGGACAAAUAUUGGAAAUACCAGCGGGACCACAGCCGCCAAACCCUGCAGCCAAGUGCCCCAUUUACAGAUGGAACCUGCAGCAUAAAUACAACUACACGGAUGUCUUACUGCUCAGUCAGUUCAUCAAGUCAGAUGGAGGGAUGUUGCCCAGGAGAAUAACUGGUCUCUGUCUAGAGGAGCAUCGCAAGAUUGCCAUAUGUGUGCAGAUGGCUCACAGAGCAGGUCUGCUUCCUGACCACAAACCCAAACUUCCAGAGGGCCACGUCCCAAAAAAGCAACAACUCAACAGAUACCUGACCCGCUGGUCCAUUGACUCGGUAAAACCCAUCUAUAAAAAAGGACUGAAGUGGUGUAAGAAUCGCAUGCCCGUUGGCCACCCAGCACUCAAGGACAAUGUACGUUACAGCGUUAAACCAGUUUACACAAAACACUGAAGGACAGAAAACCACACAAAUCAGCACUGAAACUGGAGGAAGGCCGGUGGGACCACAAGGAAGCAGAUUCUGGUGGAUUUUCACUCAACCCGGUCUUUCAACCACAUCUGCAAUCUACACUGACUUUUGACAUGCAGCCCUGGGAAAAGAUUUAUCCAUCUGUAUUUAUUGUACCUUUUGUUUAUUAAGCUGCGUCAUACUUUCAAUUAAUCAUGCUCAGCCCCACCCAGAGCCAUCUAUUCUGUCCCUGUUGGUAUUCAAAAAGCCCUUGAAGUGACAACUUAACAUAAAGAUAGCAACAAGUGGGUCAGUGUCACAUUUUCAAAGUAGGUGGUAUGUUGACUGUGUAUAAUCAAAGAAACACAGAUGUGCAAAUAAAAUCUGUCU